CUUGAUUGGCUCAAGCUAGAUCUCCCUUUACUUGUUGAACACUUUUCCAGUAGCUAUGGCGAAGCAUCACCCUGAUUUGAUCAUGUGCCGGAAACAACCCGGAAUUGCCAUUGGACGACUGUGUGAGAAAUGCGACGGGAAAUGCGUGAUUUGUGAUUCUUAUGUGCGUCCAUGUACUCUGGUACGUAUUUGUGAUGAAUGCAACUACGGGUCAUUCCAAGGUCGGUGUGUUAUAUGCGGAGGGGUCGGAAUAUCAGAUGCUUAUUACUGCAAAGAGUGUACGCAACAGGAGAAAGACAGAGAUGGUUGCCCCAAGAUUGUUAACCUUGGGAGUGCGAAAACCGAUCUGUUCUAUGAACGUAAGAAAUACGGAUUCAAAAAACGAUGAUAUUUGGGUAAUUUCAUGAUUUGUACGAUCCUUUUGAUUACUUGAACUAUUUGGAUCUCUUAUGCUAUGUGUAAACUUGUUUGUUGCAUAAAAUCUGAAGAUAUUG